GCGCCUGUCGAUCCGGAAGUGCUUCUCCUUGGGCGUCUGACACGUAGCGUCUGAGCGAGCGGAGGGGUGAGGGGUCUUCGCGGGGUUGCGGCCGCCGGACGUGCGCGUAGCGAAGGGGGUCUGGUGCCCGGGCCUGAAGACAGAUUGCAAUGUCUGGGUUCGACAACUUCAAUACAGAUUUCUAUCAAACAAGUUACAGCAUUGAUGAUCAAGCACAGUCCUAUGGAGGAGACUAUGCAGGAGGAACAUACAACAAACAGUAUGCUGGCUACGACUAUUCUCAGCAAGGCGGAUACGUCCCUCCAGAGAUGAUGCAGCCACAACAGCCUUACACUGGCCAGAUUUUUCAGCCAACGCAAACAUACACUCCAUCCUCCCCACAGUCCUUCUAUGGAAGCAAUUUUGAAGAUGAGCCACCCUUACUAGAAGAACUAGGAAUCAAUUUUGACCACAUCUGGCAGAAAACUCUUACAGUAUUGCACCCGUUAAAAGCAGCAGAUGGCAGCAUAAUGAAUGAAACUGAUAUGGCAGGGCCCAUGGUCUUCUGCCUAGCCUUUGGUGCCACAUUAUUGCUGGCUGGCAAAAUUCAGUUUGGCUAUGUGUAUGGGAUUAGUGCAAUCGGAUGCUUAGGAAUGUUCUGUCUCCUGAAUUUAAUGAGCAUGACGGGCGUUUCGUUUGGCUGUGUUGCCAGUGUGCUAGGAUACUGUCUCCUUCCUAUGAUCAUACUUUCCAGCUUUGCAAUUGUAUUUUCUCUACAGGGUAUGAUGGGAGUUAUUCUUGCUGCUGGAAUUAUUGGAUGGUGUAGCUUUUCAGCUUCCAAAAUCUUCAUUUCAGCCUUGGCAAUGGAAGGACAACAACUUUUAGUAGCAUAUCCCUGUGCUUUAUUAUAUGGAGUCUUUGCCCUCAUUUCUGUGUUUUGAGCUGACUUAUCCUUAUUGUUGGACUUAAAUGGGCCAAACUGAAAAAGCCUUCACUUUUGAGACACUUAAAACUGGGACCAGAAACCAGCUCUUAGUCACUAUCAUGCAAGGUUAAUGCUUGAAUUGUCGUCUGGAGCAACAAAAACAAACAAGCCUUUUGUGUUCCUUUUUAUAGGACUCUUGAAUACGGUUUUGAACUGUCCUGUAAUGUCUAUACCUUUAAUACAGGUUCAUGAUUAUACUGUUUAAAAUGUAACAUUUCUUUCCCAGUCCAACAGCCUCUGGCAAAAUAUUAUUAUUUUGAAAACUUUUGUAGUUCAGAAGUUUUUAUAGAUAAGAGGAAAUGAAACCAUGAACCUUACAGUUGCUUUCCCAUGGCAGCAUGCAACUACAAUCCUAAACAAAAGAUAUACAUUCCUUUUUUUUCUACCAGUUUAGCAAACUAGGAAACUAUCUCAAUAAAACCUGAUCUUGAAGCAAAGCAGAAUGAGUCCCACAUAUAACUUUUGAAGAGUUUACAGCACCAAUUUAGAUGAUGUUUUUGUUUACAGUAAAUGGUCCAAAAGGCUUUCCAGGCUCAAAGCUACCGCAUUUAUAAAUGUUUCAGUUUGUAUGUAUUUUGUAAAUAGCUCUAUCAUAAUUGUAUAAAUCUGAGAUGUUCACUUUCAUACUAAAAAAUCAAGAAUAGACUUUCAAAUGGUUCCCCAAAAAACAACCUGUUUCAGAAAGCAGUUUGGAUGAAUGUUGUCCUACACCAAUUAAAUUGUCCCCAAAUUGCUCUUUGAAAGUGUUUCAAUUUGACCAUUAACAAUAUAUCUUCCCAGUAAUGUUGUCCAGCCUUGAAUAACAAAAAAAAGCCUCAUUUAUUCAAAGGAGGAUUUGUUCCUAUUGAGCAAAUGCUAUAUUUCAAUCACAGCGUGCUUGUAUCCAAUGUGCUUUAUCCAAAGACAUCCCUGCAUGAAUGGAGCAUAGCACAGGGCUUCGCCUUCCUCUCCUAUCCCCUUGCACCCCCAUGUGUGCUGACAAAAUCUGCUUCAGAGGUUUGGGGAACCCUUGAGCAGAUUUUGGGGUCUCUGGGAGCUGCUGGAGAGGAAGGUGAAGUUGCUCAUGCCAAAUGUUGGAUUGCACUAAUGGCGUUUUAUAAUUAGGCUUCUUAAUUGUAAAGCAAGUGUUGGAAUCCUAUCCAAAAUGACAAACAAGUACUUACUUCACAUGAAAAACUUGCAUGUCUCUGAGAAAGUAAUAAUUUUGUCAUCCUUUGUUGAGAAAUGGAAGUAGCUAACAGUAUCUCGCAAGUCUUAAUUUUGUCAUAGUGGUACAGAUUUUGAGUAUCCCAUUGGAUAAUAUCGGUGAACCAGUGUAACUUAACAAAUCAGCCUCCUUGUCAGCAAAUACCUGGUCAUACACUAGUUUUUGCUCCUUUCCAUGCCUCUGCACAAUUCUCCAUAUGAUCUGUUUUCAUGUAGCCCACAGUUGUUGGCUCAACACUUUAAAUAAAUGUUGUGCAAGAAAUUCAGAUAACUUUGCACAUUUAAAUCUUG